UCAGAGAAGCAAUCGAUCUUGUGCAGGCAGUAUAAAUACACAACGUACGCAUGGUGGCAGUCUAUCUCAUCGUUACAGAUACAUCUUCCUUGAUUAGUUUUGUAAGGCUUAAUCAGCGAUGGAGUACUCGCCGAAGCUAGCAGUAGUGGUGCUCUUAGCUCUCGCGUCCGCCAUGGCGGUCACGGGCCAGAACUCGGAGCAGGACUUCGUGGACGCCCACAACGCGGCGCGCGCCGACGUGGGCCUUGGGGAGGUGACAUGGGACGCUACGGUGGCAGCCUUUGCGCAGGACUACGCGGAUCAGCGCCGCGGCGACUGCCAGCUGAUCCAUACUCCUGAUGGCCGGCCGUACGGGGAGAACCUCUACGGAGGCGGCGGCGGCGGGACCGAGUGGACGGCGACGGACGCCGUGAAUUCGUGGGUGUCGGAGAAGCAGUACUACGACCACGACAGCAACACCUGCUCGGCGCCGGAGGGUGAGUCGUGCGGGCACUACACGCAGGUGGUGUGGCGCGACUCGACGGCCAUCGGUUGCGCCCGCGUCGUCUGCGACAGCGGCGACGGUGUGUUCAUCAUCUGCAGCUACAACCCGCC